AUGACCAGUUCAAGAGAAGAUCAGGCUGGUCGAAACAGCUUGAACUAUUGGCGCUUGCAAAGUUUAUGUAAGACUAGUAUUGGUGAAGCUCCACCUCAAAUUCUAGAAAUAAAUGACGAAGGUACAGAAUAUCGGGACUUCAUACUCAAUGUCUCCCAACCUUGUGACGACAUGCUAAUAUCAUUGCUUACCGAUGAAGGACAAUGUUGUACAUUCAACGCGGUUGAUGUUAAGUAUAUGUUUUUUCGAGGAAGCGAUGAAAUCACUUUGUCCAACUGGACGGCCGAGGGUGAAGCUGUUGAUUGGACGCCCGAGAAGGGGUACGGACAGAAAAAAUCUUUUCAAGACUAUGCGAAAAAGGUAUUUCCAAGGCCAGCGCUAGGAACUGGUGCUCAUUUGGGUCUAUCUUUGGUCCUUAAUGCUUCGUUGGAAGAAUAUUUUUGCUCUUCAGGAAGUAGUGCUGGUUUUAAGAUGAUGAUGCAUAGUCCAAUCGAAACUCCGAAAAUCACCAACUAUGGGUACCUCCUCUCAGCUGGUAUGGAAAGCCGUAUUGCAAUAAAUCUCGAAGUUCAAUCAGCGGAGCCGUCCAUUCGUUCUGUCGAAAUGAAAUACCGGAAUUGCUUGUUCGCCAGCGAAUCUCAAUUGAAAUUUUAUCGCACCUACUCCAAAUCUAAUUGUGAGCUGGAAUGUGAAUUGCAGCGGGUUUUGGCAAUUUGCGGAUGCAUCCCAUAUUAUUUGCCAAGGAUGUCUGACAAUGUGACAAUUUGUGGUUUGAAGGAUCUAAAUUGCACCAAAAAUGUCCAGAUUGCAAGCGACAAUCUCAUGAAUAUGGACGUGAAAUGUAGUUUAUGCCCUCAAGCAUGUUGCUCAGUGAAUUACUUACCAGUGGUUACGACCAAUCCUUUGAUAUAUGGUAAUUCUUAUUUGGAGGAUGGGGUGCAUGUGCAGCAGAGAUCGGAAUUAGAAGAGUUGGCCGUUGUGCAUUUCUUUUUUGAGGUGAACUCUUUCCGGGCGAAAACCAAAGAGGAAUUGUCCACUUUCACCGAUUUUUUAGUAGCAAACAGUGGCGGCAUUUUGGGGUUGUUUAUGGGGUUUAGCAUUUUAGCGGUUAUUGAAUUUUUAUACUUCGUGUUUCUGGCCCCAUAUUGUGCUCUCAAGAAACUUAUCAUGUACCGGCUUGAAGUGAGGAUGGUUAAGGCAAAUAAGGCUCCCCAGGAAAAGGAAGAAAAUGUAAGAGCCAUUAUACGUCCCAGCCAUUUCACAUACUCUGAUAACAAUGUGGACUACGCAAUUGCACGGAAGAAUUUGAAAUCUCGUCCAUUAUAUUCAUAUUACGAAUAAUUGGUUACCAUGGUUA